UCUGCUCAUACCCCUCUCGUCUCUCGCUCUCUGGUGUCUUGCUCUCGGGAUAUCUGCAGGAUGCAUACCGUAUACUCUAGGAUCAAUAAUGUCUCGGCGAUGCUCUCGACCUGUGUUAUGGUCUUACUAGCUGCAAUCUCACUCUCGACGUUCGUCUUCACCGCGGAUCCGAAAGGAAGCAUCGAGGUCGCCUCUGUUCAAGUAUUUCCGGGCAAUGCCCGACGUUACGCCAACAAGAACCAAGACUUUGCCUUCGUGAACUUCAAUGUCACAGCAGACUUGACUCCGCUGUUCAACUGGAAUACGAAGCAGCUCUUCCUUUACGUCAGUGCAGAGUAUGAGAACAAGCGAGGGGUAAAAAAUGAGGUCGUCAUUUGGGACCGUAUUGUCCAACGCAAAGAGGACGCCCAGCUGUCCAUCGCCGGGCGCAACAAAUAUGGGUUCCGUGAGACGAGCGCAUCAUUCAAGAAUGCUGCACCCGCGCACUACAGCCUGAAGUACAACAUCAUGCCGUAUGUUGGAGUGCUGACGUAUGGUGAAGCUGCUAGGACCGCGGAGCCCGUCGCUUUCCCCGAACGCCAAGAAUUGUCAUGACGUUCUUCGACCGAGACAGCCUGAGGGCGUCAUCUCGCUGGCUGUACUAUAUCUUCCUUCAUGGAAGGCACGCAGGUUCCUCGCAGCUAUGUAUACCGCUUCGAUCGUAACAGGGCGCUAUCUUUGUCU